AUGGCCAAGUCACAACUGCUGCUGUGGCUGCUGCUGCCCACACUCUACAGCCCAGGUGCUGCUGUUGGGGCUGCUUCAUCCCUGGCCUGUGCCCAGGGCCCUGAAUUCUGGUGCCAAAACCUGGAGCAAGCCCUUCAGUGUGGAGCCCUGGGGCACUGCCUACAAGAGGUCUGGGGACACGUGGAAGCCGAGGACUUGUGCCAAGAGUGUGAGGACAUCGUCAACAUCCUCACCAAGAUGACCAAGGAGGCCAUUUUCCAGGAAAUGAUGCGGAAGUUCCUGGAGCAGGAGUGUGAUGUCCUCCCCUUGAAGCUGCUGGUGCCUCGGUGCCAUGAUGCGCUUGAUGUCUACUUCCCCCUGGUCAUCAACUACUUCCAGCGCCAGAUUAACCCGAAGGCCAUCUGUGAGCACCUGGGUCUGUGCAAACCUGGGCAGCCCAAGCCACAGCAGGAGCCGGGAAUGCAGCACCUUCUGGCCAGCAAGCUGGUCCUCCCUGUGCUGCCUGGGGCCCUGCAGGCGAGGCCUGGGCCUCACACGCAGGAUCUCUCUGAGCAGCAGUUCCCCAUCCCCCUCCCCUUCUGCUGGCUCUGCAAGACUCUGAUCAAGCGGAUCCAAGCUAUGAUUCCCAAGGGUGUGUUAGCCGUGGCAGUAGGCCAAGUAUGCCGCGUGGUACCCCUGGUGGUGGGUGGCAUCUGCCAGUGCCUGGCCGAACGCUACACUGUCAUCCUACUGGACGCAAUACUGGGCCGCGUGCUGCCCCAGCUGGUCUGUGGCCUCGUCCUCCGGUGCUCCAGCAUGGAUAUCACUGGUCCAGGGUCCCUGCCAGGACAAUGGCUGCCACAAGACUCUGAGUGUCACCUCUGUGUGUCUGUGGCCACCCAGGCCCAGAACAGCAGCGAGCAGGCCAUGCCACAGGCAAUGAACCAGGCCUGCCUGGGCUCCUGGCUAGACAGGCAAAAGUGCGAGCAAUUCGUGGAGCAGCACACACCCCAGCUGCUAGCUCUGCUGUCCAAGGGCCUGGAUGCCCACGCCACCUGCCAGGCCCUUGGGGUGUGUGUAGCCUCAUCCAGCCCUCUCCAGUGUCUCCACAGUCCUCACUUCUGA